GUAGUUUGAACGUAAAAGAAAAAAAUAACAAACUUAAAAAGAAACCCUAGUACGGGUGGUAGAGGACUUGUGUCUGAAAUUUGUUAACCUUUAGAGAAGAUGAGUGGGAAGAACGAUGCGGCGAAGACAGGCAAAAUAGCGGUGUGGUGGGACAUGAAGGACUGUCCGGUUCCAGAGGGUAUUGAUGAUCAUCGUGUCCGUCCGAGUAUAGAAGGUGCCUUCAAGGAACAAGGCUACUCUGGUCCUGUCUCCAUCACAGCCUAUGGCGACCAAAAACAAACCCCGUGUGAACACGUGCUACGAGCUCUAUCUUCCACUGGAGUCGCGGUGGUACAUAUCGGAUCUGAAAGCACGUGCGCAGUCAUGUACCUUGAUAUGGUGAAAUGGCGAGAGGAUAAUCCUCCUCCGGCUACAAUGAUGAUCAUAACCAAUCAGAUGCUAGAUGUCUUCAACUGGGAUCUGGCCCGGCUACAACAACGCACGAGUUACAACAUUUUUCUGGCUUAUUCAAUUAGGCCUGUCGCAGCAUUGUUCGUGUACACUCGCAAAGAGUGGCUCUGGGAAAAAUUACUACAUGGGACGACGUCGACAAGCGUAGACACGGCGGGUGAAUUAUCUACCGUGUUUCAUUGCGAAUUUUGCUCUUUGGAUUGCCAAAGCGUGAAGAGUUUCAAAAAGCAUCUCUCCACUAAAAAGCAUGCAAUAGAAGAGGUGUUAAACCCUCAGCCUACACAACUUAUAUCUGUAACGAAGAGGUGGGGGAAGAACUAUGCUGCGACGCCUGAAUAUGCGACAGCUAAAAUCCAUGUGAGUUGGGACAUGUCUGAGUGUCCUAUUCCCGACGGUUAUGAUGCUCGUCGGGUCCGUCCCAGUUUGGAAGGAGCUUUCAAGGAACUAGGCUACUCUGGUCCUGUCUCCAUCACUGCCUUUGGUGACCAUAAACAAACCCCUGAACGCCACCUUCAUGCCCUCUCUUCCACUGGAAUCGAUGUUGCACAUGCCCUUCCGGAAUUCAUAUACAGUCGCAUGUUUGAUGAUUUGAAGCUAUGGCGAGAUAACAAUCCUACUCCGACUACAAUGAUGAUCAUAUCGGAUGGGGCUGAAUAUUUGUUAGGAGGUAGUCUUGCCAGGCUAAAACAACUAAAGAAAUACAACCUGUUUUGGGCUUAUUCUUUUAGGCCUUGGAAAAUGUCAGUCAUGCUCACUUCUGCCGAGUGGCUCUGGGAUAGCUUACUUGCAGUGGAAGUAGUGAAAGCGUUGUUGAGUCUACCGGAAUGUUUUAUUGCAAAAUGUGCUUCUCUAAGCGCAAACGCCUGGAUAAAUUCAUGAAGCAUCUCUCGAGUAAAAAACAUAUCUCCGAAGAGGAGGGUAUUACUGAGCAUGUUGAAGCUUCCGAGAAGCGGCGACUGUACUGGCUAAAGGCAAGUUUUUUUUUCCUCGAUGAUUAAUUUAAUAAGAUUUUACCAGAAAGACAAAAUUGUAUGCAUGCCAUUUCUCACAACUCUGUGUUUUUUCAUAUUGUAGAAAGAAUGUUUUCCAGAGAGCAAGCGGUUGAGGAAAGCUGCCUAGUCGAGGUCGAAAAGUUGUGACUCAAGUGAUUAGUGUCUAAUCCUAUCCUAUCUUUAUUUUUCGUUUCCUAGUCUAUGUUUCGUUUUGAAGUAUUUAAAACAAUGGCUAUAUAUAUAUAUUGUAGCAAUGGAUCUUGAUAGCUGCGUCUAGAC